GAUGAGCCGUUGAAGAGACCCUGUGUGUGACUGAGGAGUGUGUCUCACUCUCAACACAACGUAUGUAUACUGGUGGGAGGCUGGUAGCAAAACUUAUGCACACGUGUGCUUUCUGAGACCACAUUUAGUACGGAAGUUCCACCUCCACCAGCAGUGCUUUCUACCAGCUCCUGCCUGAGUGCCUGCCUGGGUGUGUGUACCACUGCUAUCGUUACCCCUCCGUGCUUGGUGUUCCUUCGUGGUACCUCUCUGCUCUCCGUCCUUACCACUUGUUGUAGCCUGGCCAUGUGGCAAACCACAGAUCCUUCCUACUACCAUACCGAUCUGAUUCCUAUUCAUCCGAUGGGGAAAGAUUGUGGUCUUUUAUCAUCCCAUCUACCAGCUGGGACUUCUUCUCUACCAGGUCUACCCCCUUCACAAUCCCAUAGGAUGCUCAAUGCGUUACCAGCAGGAGCGAUGGAUGGCGGACUAUUUAUGGUGCCUUAUACUCUCCCUUCAGCCCUCCCUUACAUGGUACAACCCGCAUUGCCACAACCGCCUAUCAAAGUAAACUGGGCUACAACACAAGGUUCAAGAAAGGACACAACACAUCAUCAUCAUGUGUUUGUUGGGGACCUUGUGCAAGAGAUGAAGACAGCUGAACUCAGAGCACUCUUUGAUAAAUAUGGAAGUAUCACAGAUGCUCGGGUAGUGAGAGAUCCAGAAACAGGAAAGUCUAGAUGCUAUGGAUUUGUGUCAUUUGAGCAAGAAGAGGAUGCUCAAUGUGCUAUCAAGGAGAUGAAUGGAGCCAUCUUACCACAGUACCCUGGAAUGAAGGCAAUCCGUACAGGCUGGGCGACUAGGAAACCAACAUCUCAUAAACCACCUCAGAUUGAAGCCAAGGACUAUGAGAGAGUAUUGAAUGAGACUAGUCCCAACAACUGCACCGUCUAUGUAGGUGGUCUCCAAUUCAAAUUCUCAGCAGAGGAUUUGCUCCGGAAGGUUUUCGGACCUUUUGGUGCGAUUCAGGAAGUCAGAACAUUUCCAGAGAAGGCAUUUGCUUUUGUUAGAUUUGCAAAUCAUGAGAGUGCAACGAAUGCUAUAGUAUCUGUCCAUGGAUCACCAAUAGAGGGCCAUGUAGUGAAGUGUUCUUGGGGGAAGGAGAGUAAUGAAUCAUCUGGCUUUCAGCAGCCACAGGCACCGUCUCAACAGUUGCAGGUACAACAAGGAGUAGGUCAAUUUUACCAGCAACAGACACCACAACAGCAGCAACAAGGAGGUUUCAACCAGUUCAGUCAGUAUGGCUAUCAGCAGUAUCCAGUGGGAGGUGGUGGCCAGCAGUAUGUGGUGGGUGGUGUGCCACAGAGCCAACAGUAUGGAUACUAUCAGAACCCUGGUGUAGUGAUGCAGGGUGGAUACGUGGGAGGGUAUAACGGAGGAGGAGGUGGUGGUGGUGGAGGAACGCAAGGUGGCUACGUGAUGCAACAACAAGGAGGAGGGGGUGGAGCAUCAGCAGCAGUCUAUCCAAACUCUACACAAGCAGGAUACAUACAACCAGGAUAUCAAUGAAGAAAUAUCUAUAUCAAACAAAUGUAAUAUAUGAUAACAAGUCACACACAUGGUGAGGAUGAUGUAUAGAGUGAGAUAAGGAAAGGAAAGGGAUUUUAGUUGCGUUGCUACAUGGUGCAGAAUGGAUGUCUGUACUGUGUACGUACAAGGAAGAGAUAAAAGAGUGAGAAAGUGCACGGAACAUCUUUUGACAAGGGUAUUUUUGGAGUUUCUGUAAAUACAAGUCAUAAGAAACAAGUUACUGAUAGAUUAUAUGGUUAUAUUCACAAAAUUAUUUGAGGAGAACUAAAUUUAGUGACUUCUCAAAGAGAAUAUUUGCAAUAUAUACCUCAAAAUUUGAUUGGAAUUAUGUAGAGGUACAAGCAUUCUGUAGAGAUAAAAAGUUUGAUGACCCUAUGAAGAAUAGCAAUAUGAAAGCAAACAAAUGUAUGUAGAUCUCUCUGAUUGGUUAGUCUUCUGAUGACAUCACUCCCUUGCCCAAUCAUAAUCAAAGCAGUCUGCUUCAUGAAGUUUGAACUGAAAUGACUCUGCUGAUGUAUAUGUGUAGGGAAUAUAUCAUUGACCCAUCACUUAAAGUGGACUGGUUAAUAUACUUUUAGUCACAGAAGUAAUCUAAUUUAUUUAUAUUAUAUAAUUAUCCCUUAUAUUUCAUUAAAUGUUUUCAAUCAAUGCCACUUUAUUUGGAUUAAAAAUUGAUGGUAACACACAGCUGAGUUUUCUUAUGGGCGAUGUGUUUUAACUUGCUGCAAAAGACAUAAUACCAUUUCAUAAUACCAUUAUAGAGAUGCAGCAUGUGCACACAAAGGACAGAUUUCUGUGCUGGUGCAACAAUUAUCUGUGCAUAAUCCUGAAAAGUCUGAAUGAGAAUAAAAAGCCUCACGUAUGAUUGAUAAAAAGGAAAAGAGAGAACUCUGGUGGUUCCAGAGGAAUCUUAACAAUGAUCUAAGGUAUGGAUGAUUAUUGAUAUGUUAGUGGUGAGCCUUUGAACAACCUUGUCGCAAAUAUACAUUUGUUUUCGUUUCAUGUUAUCUUGUUUGUAGAAUUUUAACAGGACUAUUUACCCAACAUGUAUGUGGAUGACUAAAUUACAUUGACAUGGUAUGUUUAACCCUUUGGAAGAGUGUCUUGCAUAGAUGAUGUCAUCUGUGAUACUCUCAAGAAGGCAACUAUUCAAUGAAAACCUGUGAAGUAAUGUCUCUAUAGGGUAUUAAUGAGGCUCCAUCCUCUCUGACAGCAAUGUUUGAUCUGUGACCUGCAAUGUUGUAAUGUAGACAUAUAGUUUGCUCUGUAUUCUAAUUGAGAGAGAGUUGUUCUUAGCAUUAUUUGCAGCCAAAUUUAAUUAAAAUCUCACAUUCUUCAGAGCAGUACUUCUUUCAUGUCAUAAAGCUCAUAGGCUUGCAUUAUUAACAGGACAGUCAAUCCGUGUUUACUUUGUAUAUUUAGAACUUUUUCCUGUGAACUAUCCAAUCUCCUAAACUCUGUGUAACUAUGUAGCAUGAGGCAUUGCUUUACAAAUCUGCUCCAUUUAUGAUCUAUGUAACUAUGCCCAGAAUAAUAAUCAUCUCAGGAUUUCUCCUUUUGUGCCUUGCUCUAGUUUACUCCCAAAUUUAAUUAUUAAAUGAAAUAGUGUAUCACUAUACAUUAGGUUAGGUUGCAAAUAAGAACUACUUUAGGUUGCAUGUAUGUGUAAUGUAGACCUCUGAUGAAAUCAGUGUGCAAGUAUUAUACUCUAUCAAGUUGAAGUAGAAAGUAGAUGUGGCUGUAUGUAUCAUGUUUGCACCGGAUUGGUUGUAAUGUCCAUUUUAGACCUGUAUGUCAGUCACCUUCUAACAGUGCAUGGGAAUGAAACUUAUUUGAAAUACUGAGAUGGAGUCAUUGAUUUGUAAAAUUAAAAAAAAGGAAGAAGAAGAAGAUAUAUUGUUGCAGCUUAUUGAUAAUCAGCGUCAGCGUAAUGGUUGUGAGUUAGAGUAACAUCUACCCGUUUUACUAUGUAAAUUGCAGCAAACUUUCAAGUGUUCUUAUUAAGGUGCACCACUGUGUGAUUGUCAUGUUGUGUUAAGGUAUUUAAUAGUAUGUGUGUGUGUAAUACACAAACAGCAUAUUCAUGUGAAUUGAGAUGAUUUUAUCAUAUUCAUUCUUAGGUUAAAUGAUCCAUGUUAAAAGAGAAUUCAUGAGGACUAAUGUCCAGCAACCAAGCAUGUUAAAAUAUUCUUAUCGUCAGUUGUGAAGGAAAAAAAAUUGUGAACAAAGGGAUGUAAAUAUCAUGCACUCGAUGGUGACUAGUUAUGCUUUAUAGAAGUUUAGAAAAGCUUUUUUAAAUGUCAUGUUUUUAUGUUAUUAUUUUUUUUUUGAGAGUAGUCUGUAGUUGACAAAUUGUAAGACAUAACCAUAUACAUGUAUAGAGAUGAUGCAUGUUGUUUGUGUCUAAAAUGAUUGUACAACAUGUAAAAGAAUAUUCUCAUUGAAAUUGUUGAGAUUAUUUAGUAUGUUACUCAACGGUUUGUAAAUGCCAAAUUAAGCACUGUGUUUAAUGUAUAGAUGUUCUAGUAUUUUGUGGUUGUAUGUUGACAAAGAUUAACUAGGAUUGUGAAUUAACUACAUGCACUGGUAUGGUAAUAUGUGGGAAUUUUGUAGAGAACAUCAGUGGGAACAUAAUAAAAAUUGAUUUGUAAAAAUGUAA